CCCCUCCACACGCACCCCCGCCAGUGCGCAUCCUCCUCCUCCCAACCCACCAAUGGGGAGCACCUAUUGUCAAAUUAUUAGCCUUCCAUUGCAGCAUGCAGGAGAGAAAAGGGGGGGGGGAGGUAAAAUAAAACAUGCACAUAGUGGAUUGACCGAGGUGGAAGCCCGUGUGAUGUUGCUACUGCUGCUGCUGCGGAGGGGGAUGCAGGAGACGCGGUGCAGCUGAAGGCGCCAGACGGUGGAGAGGAGAGGAGCAGACAGAGACUACUACAACACAGAGAGAGAGAGAGGUGGAGAAAGAGAAGAAGGAGGGCAGACAAGCGACGAGCCGCGGGGAUUAGGUGACUGAACGCCGCCGACGGAGAGACCCCCACCAGCCUCCAAACAAUCAACCAUAUCCUUGUGAUGGAUCUGCAUUCAGCUCCAAACAAGAAAGUGAGCAGAAUUCCAGUCAUGGCCAGACUCGUGCUCCUCCUGCUGCUGCUGUGUGGCUGCCAGAACAGCCUCUGCUCGACCUCCUUGGAGGCUCAGAAGGAGGCGAGCGCCAACGACAACAGCACGGUUUUCACCAGGAUCCUGGACGGGCUCCUGGACGGCUACGACAACCGGCUCCGGCCGGGGCUCGGAGAGAACGUCACCGAGAUCAAGACCAAUAUUUUCGUCACCAGCUUCGGCCCGGUGUCUGACACGGAGAUGGAAUACACCAUCGACGUCUUCUUCCGUCAGAGCUGGAAGGACGAGCGCCUGUGCUUCAAGGGGCCCAUGGAGCGGCUGCCGCUGAACAACCUGCUCGCCAGCAACAUCUGGACCCCGGACACCUUCUUCCUGAACGGCAAGAAGUCCAUCGCCCACAACAUGACCACCCCCAACAAGCUGCUGAGGCUGAGGGACGACGGCACUUUGCUCUACACCAUGAGACUGACCAUAUCAGCAGAAUGCCCCAUGCAGCUGGAGGAUUUCCCCAUGGACGCACACGCCUGCCCUCUCAAGUUUGGCAGCUAUGCCUAUCCAGUGUCAGAGGUGGUCUACACUUGGACUGAGGGAGCGGCAAAGUCUGUGGUGGUGGCAGAGGACGGCUCCAGACUCAACCAGUACCACCUGAUUGGGCAGACUGCCGGCACAGAGGACAUACACACGAGCAGAGGACAGUACACAGUGAUGAUGGCCCACUUCUACCUGAAGAGGAAGAUUGGCUAUUUUGUCAUCCAGACGUACAUGCCCUGUUUCAUGACAGUAAUCCUGUCCCAGGUCUCAUUUUGGCUAAACCGAGAAUCGGUUCCUGCGAGGACCGUCUUUGGGGUGACCACGGUCCUGACCAUGACCACCCUCAGCAUCAGCGCCAGGAACUCGCUCCCCAAAGUGGCCUACGCCACAGCCAUGGACUGGUUCAUCGCCGUGUGCUACGCGUUCGUCUUCUCUGCCCUCAUCGAGUUCGCCACGGUGAACUACUUCACCAAGAGGAGCUGGGCCUGGGACGGCAAGAAGGCUCUGGAAGCGCAGCACCCGAAGAAACGAGAUCCCAUGGUGCUUUCCAAAAAGCCCAACAACGUUUGCUCGGCCGGCGUCAACUACACCCCCAACCUCACCAAGGACGUGUCCAUCUCCACCAUCUCCAACACGACGUCGGUGCAGCUCCGGACCUCCGAGACCAAGCUGGUGGACCCCAAGAAGACCUACAACAGCGUCAGCAAGAUCGACAAGAUGUCGCGGAUAGUGUUCCCCGUCCUGUUUGGAACCUUCAACCUCGUCUACUGGGCCACGUACCUCAACAGGGAACCAGUGGUGAAAGGAGUUGUCAGCUCAACGUAAUCUUUUUUCCUUCUCGGAGACAGAGAAGUUUGUGCAGGGGAGGAAGUGAGAGUGGGUGGACUAAAAGGAAAGGUCUUUGCCCUAGACAAAAAAAACAAAUAAAUAUCUGCUCUUGAAGAACAAAAACUAUACUCAACUAUCCAUUUCAGGCACUUUGAAAGGAUGCAAGGCUGCGACAGAAUCCUUGUCCUGUUAUUCGCGGCCUAAAAAAAAACUGCUUGGUCACAAAGAAACUGCUUUUAAGACGAGCGAGCGGGUGCUUUGCUUAUUUUCUCAUCUAUCCUGCUGCAGUUUGCAUGACGCUCUCCUCGAAAAAAGGAAAAAACCAAGGACUCCUCUAUUUCUUGAAUGCCGAUGUACAUGUCAAUCAUUGCUUCGAGCACACGUACGCAUUUGGAGAAACUUUGCCUACAUUGCAACGCGUCAUAUUCUCACCACGGAGGCUUGAAAUGCGUCGAGCUCCUGCUGUGAAAAACCUGCGAGAGCAACAUGCAUUUGAAUUUGAAAACUGGACUCAACUCCACUCUUGUGUGGAAGAAACAUCUCUUGAGAUUAAUGCUGCAAGUGCAUUAAUAAUUUAAUUUUAUGUCGUCUUUCUAAAGAAGAAACUUUGCUUUUUCUUUAUUUUUUUUUGUUGCUUCUAUUGCAGCGAGUGCUCGUGUGUCUCUUUGUACAUCUUUACUUGAAGAUUCAAAAGCCUACUGCUGCACGCCUGGUUUCCCAAAAGCAUUUAAGUCUGUAUGAAAAGAAAAAGAAGGUGGGGAAAAAAUAUAUGUAUAUGGAAGAUUAUCAUUCCUAAUGAAGAAGCUCCUCUUCAUUCAUAAAGAAUUAAAUAGGGCAGAGAGACUGUUUGGCCCACUUACACUGGGUGGCUGGGCGGCUGUGGAUGGUGGGAUCAGACAAAUUUAGGACCGGGUACGUUCUGUAACGGCAUUUGGAGUCUGGGUCACUCAGCGAGGAAACUAAUAUUCACAGCUGAGAAACCACUGCUCCGAGGUCGUCACAUACAAAUCAGCACCGCGAGUUCGGAGCGUCGCUCAGAGAGGGAACCAGGGUUCAAGCUGCUAUUUAGUCCAGGCUGCUGACGUGUCCUUCGGCAGAACACGGCCACUUUCACUUAGAUAGACUUUGACUUAUUUAACUAUUAGGGCCACGUAAAGGGAGAAGAAAACUGGAGAUUUGUCAAGUGAAGUCACAACAUUAGGAGAAUAAGGCUGUAAUUUAGGAUACGAG